AUGAGUUUUCAUUCCGUUUAUUCUUCAUGACAGUUAAUUCGUGAAACUGUACCAUCAUUAAAGAGCAAGGCUUGGCCUCUAUAAAUAUGUAAAAUCGAGAGAGAAAGAAAACCAAGCAAUAUACAGUUUUUAGAAAAUGGCCACAGUUGUUGCUCCCAAAGACUUUUCUCCCGUUGAAGAUGCAGAAACAAUCAAGAAGGCCUGUCUAGGAUUGGGAACGGAUGAGAAAGCCAUAAUAUCAGUGCUGGGGAAUCGGAAUUCGUUUCAAAGGAAACUUAUCAGGCUAGCUUAUGAAGAGAUAUACCAUGAGGAUCUAAUCCAUCAACUUAAAUCUGAGAUCUCCGGAGAUUUUGAGAGAGCAAUGAGCCAGUGGACCUUGGAGCCAGCUGACAGAGAUGCUGUCCUUGCCAACGCGGCCUUGCAGAAAUCAAAACCUGAUUACAGAGUAAUUGUUGAAAUUGCAUGUGUCGGAUCACCGGAAGAUCUCUUGGCGGUGAAGCGUGCCUACCGGUUUCGUUACAGGCAUUCCCUCGAAGAAGAUGUGGCCCUUCACACCAAGGGUGACAUUCGAAAAGUCCUGGUUGCUCUCGUAAGCGCCUACAGAUAUGAUGGCCAUGAAGUUGACGAAGAUUUGGCGAUUUCUGAAGCUGGUCUUCUCCAUGAUGAUGUAUAUGGAAAGGCUUUUAACCAUGAUGAAUUGGUUAGGGUAUUGACUACAAGGAGCAAGGCACAGCUCAAUGCAACUUUCAAUCGUUACCAAGACAUCCAUGGAAAAUCCAUUACCAAGGGGCUGCUGGGAGACCCCAUUGAUGAAUAUCUAGGUGCCUUGCGAACUGCAGUCCGGUGCAUUCGAGAUCCAAGAAAGUAUUUUGUUAAGGUCUUGCGAAGGGCCGUCCAUAAAGAGGACACCGAUGAAGAUGCUCUUAGUCGUGUGAUCGUUACGCGUGCAGAGAAAGAUUUGAAGGAGAUCAAGGAGCUCUACCUGAAGAGAAACAACAUCUCUCUCGAUCAAGCAGUAGCAGUAGACACGCAUGGAGAGUACAAGGAAUUCCUUCUGACCUUAUUAGGGAAUGAGAAGAAUUGAUCAGCUCUAAACCACACAUACAAAAUGAUGCGUUGUGUUGGCAUCAUCUGUAUGGUCAAGAAGCUGCAUUUCAUUGGAUUUUUGGUCAUCUUCAUCCAGUCAAGCUUCAAAUAAUGAGAGCUUUAUUCUUGUUCUCUUUGAUUCAGAAUUAAUUGUUGAGCAAUUAUAGUUUCUUUAGUUUUGGUUGUAAGAGACUCCGUCUCCCUUGUCGUGUCUUCGCUUAUUAUUGCCAUGACUUUGUUCUGGUUCUGUGCCUUUCUUUAGUCAAUCUUAAUUAAUAAUAUCAAAUCAAUUUCAAAUA